GCGGCAGCGCACGCAGAGGCGGCGAGACGCACCUCCCCGACGCCAUACUGGGGUUAUUGGUGGGGGAGGAGGAGAGGAGUCGUUCCGAUCAGAGCAAAGCCCAUCGAAACGGGGCUCCCCCCCUGCACCGCCCUCAGUCCAGUCGAUGCUGCGUGAUCUGCAAAGUUCCUCCAUCACUUUGUGUUUCCCUGUCCAACACUUUUCUUUCAACCAAUGCCCAGGUGGAAGGAUGUCCAUUUUGUCUGCUGACUCUCCCGUUUCAGCUCAGUCACCGUGAUGGGAUGAGUGAUUAAAGUUCAUUAUUCUGUGCCCCACAACCAGCUACUUGGGGACAGAGGAAAGCAGCCGCCACAUUCCCCAGUACAAGGUGGGACAUUUUAGAACUCCAGGCUGCAGUCGGCGACCGUCAACAUGAGGACAAUGGAUUGUCUUUGUCAGCCCAACACCAGGGGCUAAGGUCGGGAGAAAAGCACGAGCCUUGGUAAGGUUGCCUGGAAGUUCCCAGCAGUGAGCCCCAUGUCAGGAUCAGGAAGAAGACCACCAGCACGGAGUCGGGGCCUCCAUGGAAGGACUGGCUUCUCCCUGUUCAAGUCGGCGCUGAGCCCGAGUGCAGGGCAGCAGGAGAUGCAGCCGCUGCUGACGCGGCCCAGACGGACCUCCCCGCCGGUCGGACGGCUUGAAGCCUGCGCCAACUCCUCGCUCAGCAGCAGCAGCAACUCCGGCUCCUACAAGGGGAGUGACAGCAGCCCCACACCCAGACGUUCCAGCAAGUAUUCCUCAUGCAGCGAAAACCAUGGCAUCAAGCCCCCGACCCCUGAGCAGUACCUGACCCCACUGCAGCAGAAGGAGGUGUGCAUCCGACAUCUGAGGGCAAAGCUAAAGGAGACGGAGGAAAAGCUGGAUGAGAGGGCGACCGAGGUGGAGGACCUGAAACUACAGCUGUCCAGGAUGCAGGAGGACUGGAUUGAGGAGGAAUGCCACCGGGUGGAGGCUCAGCUCUCACUGAAGGAGGCCAGGAAGGAGAUCAAGCAGCUGAAGCAGGUGAUCGACACGGUAAAGAACAACCUGGUGGAGAAGGACAAGGGCAUCCAGAAGUACUUCAUCGACAUCAACAUCCAGAACCGCAAGCUGGAGACCUUGCUGCAGAACAUGGAGGUGGCUCAGGACGGGACAUCUCGGUCAGCCUCCGCCUCCCCCGCCAGGUCGCUUACCCGAAGCUCCACCUACACCAAGCUGAGCGAGCCUGCGGCCAUCCUGCAGGGGGCCCAGGGGAGUCCCGUCCCCCACCACAGCUCCCUCGCGUCCGGGAUUGACCGGGCCAUCGAGGGACCCAGCUUCACCGCGAGGCCAAGGCCAUCGUUGGGCCGUAAGGCCGACGGGGGGGUUUCCCAAGCUGGGACCCCCAGGGUCAACAUACGGGACCAGAGCGUUCAGACGGACCACCUUCACCACAGUCCAGAGUCAGAAACCGCGAUGGAGAAUGUGUUGGGAUCUGGUGCUUCAAGCCCCAGUGGUGUCGGACCAGAAGGGGAGCCGCCAGGGUCAUUCCUCGACCUACAGACUUGCUUGAUGCUCAGCGGUGACUCAAAUGAGGGGAGCACCGAUGGCCAGUCAAUUGCGGAGAUGUUGUCCGAGACUGCCAGUCAGGGAGAGGCGGAGGAUGCCUCAGACCAGUUGAGUCACUGGAGCCGUUACUACAUGGUGGACCUGCUGGCAGUGAUAGUGCCAGCCUUGCCCACCCUGGCCUGGAUCAUCCACACCCAGCGAGGCCGCUCCCAACCCCUCUACAACCUGGGCGUGCUGCUGCGCAGUUGCUGCGUCAUUGCCCUGCAUUCCCUGCGCCGGCUGAACACCAAUGUAUCUUCGCCGCACUUUUCCGAUCUCCCAUCCUAGCCCCCACUCCAUCUCCAUCCAAACAUUGCCCAUCUCAGUCGCUUAACACAUCACUCAUAUCCCCUCUUCAUCAUAGUCAUCACCCAUUCCAUCCAUCCAACUCCCCCAUUCCUAAUCGAUGGGCUGAAUUGCUUCUAUAUCUUAUGAACUCAUGGUCCCCAUCCCUACCCUCUUCCCCAUUGUUCAUCGUGGAACCAAACCCACUCUUUGUGUUCCUUCUCCAUCAAAGACCACCAACCCAUUCCAUCACAUCCCCCUCCUUUCCAAUUCCCAUUCCUUCUUCCACCAGUGUCCAUUUCGGAUCCUCAAUGCACCCCUCUCGUCCCUUCUCCCACAUAGACGCCCUCCAUUCCAUCCUGCCCCAAUCCCACCCCACCCUUCAUCCAACAUUCAUCAUCCUGCCUUCUCCACCAACUUGUGUCCAAGUCCAUCGAUGACCCACCACAAUUCUAGACCCCAGCCCAAUCCAAAAACUCAUCCUUGUCUCCAUCCACCACCAACAUGAACCGCCCUCCCCAACACCAUCCUGUCCUCUCCCACUCCUCCUUCGAUUAUCUCCGAGUGAGAUGCAAAGUCGUGUCAUUCUCACCCACUGAUCAGGCUCUUGGUAUCAAUGUCAACACAUCAUCGAUACACCCAAAUAUAUAUUAAUAUAUAUAUAUAAAAAUUAUAGACAGAGAUUAAUAAAUAAUCUAAGUGAAUGUUUAAAAGCCAGGACCUUGUAAAUCCAUCGCAUGCCUGUACAGUGCAUCAGAAGACUCUGUCUACCAUUUCCAUCACAGUUCAAAGACUAUAUAUUUGUGUUAUUAUUUAAAGACAAAGUAUUGCAGCAAGUUUUAUUAGACUCUGGUCAGUAGCAGCUACAAAGCACAGCCUUCACUUCAUUCAUGCAGUUCAUCAUUUGCUGUUCUGGUUCGCACUCGGCUCGUAUAGAUCUUCAACAGUCGCUUGUAACCAUGACUCUGAUUGAUAUAUAAUAGCAGUAAGUAGUCUACUAGCCUGUCCACCUCCCUCCUCUUUAUGUGGUGAUAGCCUUAUUUAUUGUAUUCACCCCCCAUUCAUGUAUUUAUCUAUUUAUUUAUUUAUUUAAUUCCAUGCCUGUUUUUUAACCGUUACCUAUGAGAUGUGUUUGCACUAAUCAAAGUUUGCUGUACCACUUCUUGAAAACAGAAAUGGAGGAGGUUAUUGCUCCCAGAUUAAUAUAGUUUAGAGAUACAGUAUGGAAAUAGGCUCUUCGGCCCACCGAGUCUGUGCCAACCAGCGAUCCCCUGUACCCUAGCACUAUCCUAGUCAAAAGACGGGCAAAAAAAUUCUAAAUGACAACAUGAAUGAAUUUUGAGUAGCUUCAGGGUGUCUUCACUAAAGGGUUCAGGGAAGGAAAAAUAUUUCAAACAUACAAGACCAUAUACUGUUUUUACAGUAACUUGUUUGUGCAGUGAGUCCUCUUAUUUAGGUAUAGACAUUUCCAAAAUGUUCUUUAUAAAUCAGAGAGAAAUCAAUGCACUACGGUUUAAAAUUUGUGCAUUUUCUACAUUUUAACUACUACAGGGUCACGUUUUUAAUACUUCCUGUAGGAUGUGUACACCUUGUUUGGGGGGGAUGGGUGAACUCCAAGGUGCCCCUGGCUGGUGGUGAUGAUAAUGGACCUCUCUGAUCCAUUGGCAGUCCAAGUGACAAAAAUGCCAACUGAUGGGGUGUUGACCUACUUCUUUGUGAUGGAGCAUUGGUACAUGUCCAGCUCGGGGGCAAGUGGACGACGGGUCCAUCGAUGUUUAAUUUGUUUCUGCUAGAGAAACCUCGUGACUUGUCUCCUGUGGGACCUCUGCUCAAGUGCGUACUUUGUGAGGACCUCCCUUCAACUUUGUCCCAGAUCUGCUCUGUGCUCAUGCACAGAAUACAGGCCAGAAAAGAGCAGUGGUUAUCUCAUUCAAUUAUGUAUUUGUUCUGUGUGGCUGUUUGGGUUUUGUGCGGCGUGUGUGUGUGUGUGUGUGCGCGUGCCUUCGUGUUUCUAUGUCUGUGCACACAAAACACAGGUAACACUGAGCCCCUUGCUCCAUGACUGGUGGUUGAGGGGCUUUGGCACUGUUUUGGUUUAUCACUUGUACCACUCACUCUGUAGCUCUGAACUGUUCAUGAAAUAAACACAUGAAACUUCUG